UUCGUUUUAAUUUUUCAGAUAAUGCAACUUCAUCACCAACGACAACCGUCAUCAUUAUCUACUACUAAUUUAUCUGUAAAGCUAGCAACAUCUAUUCCAAGUGCACGAAAUCAGCAUACUUGUCAACCAGUGAAUCUUCUAUCAACAUCUAUAACGAGAAUGUCAGGAAGGAUAGUCAACUUUUCUUCACCACUAUACAUCAAUAAAAACUUCGUAUCUUCAUCAGUGCUUUUAUCUAUUAUUGCUUGGUCUGUUACAAUACUAUUGAUAUCGUCUUGCCUUGAUGUUGCUGACGCUGGUAUAGUCAUGGGUCAUUCACUUGGCAAACGGUCCUAUUUCGAUUUAGGCUGCAAGGGUGUAUAUGACAAAAGUAUCUUCGCACGACUUGAUCGUGUUUGUGAAGAUUGCUUUAAUCUGUUCCGAGAACCUCAACUUCACACUCUAUGCAGGCAAGAUUGCUUCAAGACUAAUUACUUUAAGAGUUGUAUUCAAGUUCUAACUCUUGAGGAUGAAGAGGAAAAAUUCCAGGAAAUGAUAGAAUACCUCGGUCGCAAAAAGUAA